AUGGCAGAUAGAUUAACCAGGGUGAUUAAUUUAGCUUCUAAGGUCUCUGCCUUCGUUAUUCAGGAAACUUCACCAAGAUUGAUUAAGUUUCGAGAAUAUGCAAGGGUGGAACUAAGGCCACCAACACAAGCGGAUCUCAAGCCAGCAGUCGAACAAGCAACAAAACUGAUGUGUGCAUUCAAAAGUGGUGCUUGGAAAAAUGUUUCCGUUAAGGAAGGGCUUGUUAAUGCUGUAGUGACAGCGGAAGUACUCUGUUGGUUUUUCAUGGGGGAAAUGAUUGGACGAAGAAGCUUUCUAGGAUAUAGUCGGGUUCCAUAUGCCUAUCUCAAGCACCACUAA